UACUUGCGCACUUUAGAGCACAGCACGUUGGCAACAAGCAUGGCGGACGACUCGGAACAAAUUAUUGAUACAAAACCAGAUGAAUUAAAGGAUGAAGAACUCGAAGGUUCUACUAGUCGUAAUGACAGCAGUGAUGUUAAUAUCCCUGAAAACGAUGAGCCAACUGAUGAGGCAGUGAAGACAUUUAAGGAUCUGGGUGUCACUGAAGUGCUAUGUGAAGCCUGUGAGCAGUUGGGAUGGAAGAGUCCUACAAAAAUCCAGGUGGAGGCCAUACCUGUAGCCUUGCAAGGAAAGGAUGUGAUUGGUUUGGCAGAGACUGGCUCGGGGAAGACCGGUGCAUUUGCUCUGCCCAUACUGCAGUCCCUCCUUGCCUCUGCACAGAGACUCCACACACUUAUACUCACCCCUACCAGAGAGCUGGCUUUCCAAAUCGCUGAGCAGUUUGAAGCCCUGGGCUCCAGCAUCGGAGUCAAGACCGCUGUUAUUGUAGGAGGGAUUGAUAUGAUGUCACAGUCCAUGGUCCUGGCCAAGAAACCUCAUGUUGUCAUUGCCACCCCUGGGCGGUUGAUUGACCACCUUGAGAACACCAAAGGUUUCUCACUGCGAGCGCUGAAGUUCCUGGUGAUGGACGAGGCAGACCGAAUCCUCAACAUGGACUUUGAGGCUGAGGUGGACAAGAUCCUGAAGGUUAUUCCUAGAGACAGACGCACAUUUCUGUUCUCUGCAACAAUGACCAAAAAGGUCGCCAAGCUACAGAGAGCAGCCCUCAAGGAUCCCGUUAAAUGUGCAGUUAACACAAAGUACUCUACCGUUGAGAAACUUCAGCAGUUCUAUGUGUUCAUACCCUCGAAGUACAAGGACUGUUAUCUAGUGUCCAUUCUGAAUGAACUGGCGGGAAACUCCUUCAUGAUCUUUUGCAGCACAUGCAAUAAUGCCCAGCGGGUGGCGCUGCUGCUCCGGAACCUCGGCAUCACUGCCAUCCCAUUACAUGGGCAAAUGAGUCAGAACAAACGUCUUGGAUCGCUCAACAAGUUUAAGUCCAAGUCGCGCUCGGUCCUGCUGGCAACUGAUGUGGCGUCACGAGGCCUCGACAUUCCUCACGUUGACUGUGUUAUUAACUAUGACAUCCCCACUCAUUCAAAGGACUACAUCCACAGAGUGGGGCGUACGGCCAGAGCAGGACGAUCUGGAAAAUCCAUCACAUUUGUGACACAGUAUGAUGUCGAGCUAUUUCAGCGAAUUGAAACACUGAUCGGCAAGAAGCUGCCAGCCUUCCCUACACAAGAAGAGGAGGUGAUGAUGCUGGUGGAGAGAGUGAGCGAGGCCCAGCGAUUCGCCAGAAUAGAAAUGAAAGAACAUGCAGAAAAGAGGAAAAGACCAAGAGGAGAAGAGUUGGAUGACACGGAGCAGUCCAGUGGUGUGAGAAAGAAAGUUAGAGGAGGGGCUGGUGGUGGUGGUGGUGGUGUUGGUGGUAGAGGAAGAGGAGGGGGAGGACGAGGAGGAGGAGGAGGAAGAGGAGGAAAAAACCGUGGAGGUGCAGCAUGGAGAGGAGGACGUUAAAGGACCAGUGGAAUUACAAAACUGUAUAUAUUAUCAGAGGCUGUGUCAUUUUGUCUCCUUGAUGAAAAUCGUCUGUGAACAAUACCAAAUGCUUUCUAGAAACCACCUUCUCAUAGACAGGUUAUUUAUCACCGAUGAUUUUCCUAAUGGCCAUAUUUCCAUUUGUAAUAAAAAGCUUAUGAAAGACUUUUCA